UUACUAUGCUGUCACUAAAAAAACACAUAUGUUCCAAAAGUUGUAUAAUAUAUUAAAAACAUAUAAUAUAAUAUAACUCUAUAUGUAUUAAUUAAAUUACUAAGAAAUGUACGGUCCUGGCGUAAAAGUUGGCUACUGGCAUGAAGCUGCCCUGGCAGAGGAGAAUCGGGUUAAGGAUAUGAAAGAGGGUGGAAACACCUUACUGGACACCACCCGGGCUGCCUAUGAACUCUUCUACAAGGACACCAUGCUGGGACCGCCACGGGAGGUGGUCGCCUUCGGGGUUACGGUUCAGGUGCGCCCCGUUAAGAUCAGCAUUUGUCGCCAGCAGGUGGUGGAUCAGAAUCUGGCCCUAUCGGUGAUCAUUACCCAGGAGGGAAUGAUCCGUAAGUUUACCACCAUCAAUGAGAUGUGCGACAUGACGGUGGCACCCGCACCACGACCCAUGGUGCGCAGUAGCUUUCGUAUUGUCAGCCCAGAUGAUGUGGAUCGCUCUGGCCAGUGUCUGGGCUAUGGUGAGAAGUUCCGCCUCCAGGCCCUGGAACCGGUUGAUGAGCCCAUGUACCUGUACACCGGACCCAAGCUACUGAAUCUAUCGCUGCCUGUGAACACGGCUCGGUGUACAACCAAUCAUGGCGAGCUAACUCUUCCACUGGGCGUGGUCUCUAGUAAGAAUUGUGGACCAAAUGCUCGAGUGCCCAUUUCUCACACUCAUUUUUAUUGCGCCCACCAGAAUCCCGAUUUGCGUUACGAAAGCGAGGGCAAAACCAUUCCUGUAAAUGAGCCCGUGAUUAUUGUUCACUCAGUGACAAACCAAAAUCUGGCAGUGGAACAUGUUCAGGCGGACACUCCCUUUGGUCCGGAGCUUCAAGUGUCUGUGCAGACAUACAAGAAUGUCUACAAGAGGGAGACCUGGAAGAAUCUGUGGAAGUUUAGUUUUUAAUGUUAACGAUUUCCUUCUAUAUUUCAUACAUUUUAUGUUGAAUGUAGUGGCUGGUACCUGUUGCGGCAACCAAAAUGAUGCUAUCCAAUGAGCUGUUGCGAGUUCGUCUGUUUGUAAAGCAUGUCAAAAUAAAAGAUCCGUUCCCAA